GGUCGGCGAGAUGAGCAGAGCCGGAGCGGAGCCGAGCGAGGAGAGAAGGUACAAGGGGGUGCGCCGCCGGCGAUGGGGCAAAUGGGUGUCGGAGAUUCGCGUGCCGGGGUCCAGGGAGCGUCUGUGGCUGGGUUCCUUCUCCACCCCGGAGGCUGCCGCCGUCGCCCACGACACCGCCGUGUUCUUCCUCCGCGGCCCCGACGGUUCCCGCGGCGGCUUCAACUUUCCCGACCGCGUCGCCACCUUCGCCUGGGCCAACUUGUCGCCGCCGUCGGUGCAGAGGGUGGCGUCCGAGUCCGGCAUGGACGUUGAUGCUCGGUUAGCCGUUCACGCACCGGAGGCACAACCGAGGCCGGAGGUUGUGCUCGUAGACAACACAAGAACUUGGGAAGAAGGAGGAGAACAUGGCUUGUACAGGGGAGAGGAAGAGCUCGUUGGAGACUUCUGCUUUGAUGCCUUGGAGAUGCAUAUCCCAGCUCAGAAUGACUUUAAAUAUUGAGGGACUGAGAUGCUUCUACUCUCAGGAUUCGAGGAGGAAAUAAUCUCACAUAAGAAACAGGGUUUACAUGUUCCGAGUGUUAGUGAGAGGGAAACGUGCCUGACUGGAACAUAGAAAAGCUUUUCAUUAGUGUUGAUGCAAAAAGGCAUUAUAUUGGCGACCAUGUUGAAUGAAGGAUACAUGCUGUGUCUUUUUGG